AUGAAUUUCCUUUGCCAGAGUCUGAACUGGAGUGAUGUGAGUGUCCUUACGAGGAAAUCAUGGAAUAAAGGGAAGAGAAAAAGGUGGGUUUUUUUACCACCUUUACUAAUAUUACCAUUCGUUUCCAAAAGAAAGGCAACAAAAGGGCAGAGCACUAGGGAUUCUCCCAAAUAUUGCCUGACAGUGAUUGGCAGGAACUUUACUGGGAGGGACAAGAGAAUCCAAUUCAUGGCUUACAUAAGCAUUAAGCAAGUCGAGGCAGAGCGCCCCCUUGUCACCGACGAAGAUGAUGUAUAUGCGUCGCCGUUAAAUCAGACCAAUGAAUUGCCUCGAGAUUAUGAUCUCGAGGGUGCCUGUUAUCCCAGUGAAGCUCAUUUUCGCUCUCCUCGGACCCAUGGCCAAGGGCUUGUUCAUAAGCAAAGGCUUCAAACCCUUUCCGUUCCACCUUCUAUACCCCUGGCUGGUGAUACUUUGGUCGUGGAUGUGAUCUCUGAUCCUUCCUCUGAGGAUGUUGAUGCUGGUCCAAUGCUUAAGCUGUCCACAGCUCAUUUAGCUCAAAUUCAAAAUCACGGCUCGCCCAAUUUUCAAAAUGAUAGACUGCAUGACUUUGUGACCAGGGAUAUCUCUGAUCAAAGAAGUUGUCUCACUCUGGAGGUUAUCAAUGGCCCUUCUCGGGGACUUCGUUGUUCUGUACAGUCGAUCAAUUCGUCUCGUCUACCACUAACCAUGGGAAGAGUUUCUCCGAGUGAUUUGUUGAUAAAGGAUUCAGAAGUGUCAGGAAAGCAUGCAAUGAUAAAGUGGAAUUUGGAUACAAUGAAAUGGGAGUUGGUGGAUAUGGGUAGCUUGAAUGGAACACUGUUGAAUUCCAAGCCAAUCAACCAUCCAAACACUGAAAGUAGGAAUUGGGGAGAUCCAAAGAAUCUUGCUAGUGGAGACAUCAUAACACUUGGAACAACAUCAAAAGUAAUGGUUCAUAUAACUUCGCAAACUCAGCAUCACAUUCCCUUUGGAGUUGGUAUGGCAUCAGAUCCCAUGGCUUUGCGUCGAGGAGGAAAAAGAUUUGCUAUGGAAGAUGUUUGCUUUUAUCAAUGGCCUCUACCUGGGCUGGAUCAGUUUGGACUUUUUGGUGUUUGUGAUGGUCAUGGAGGAGAUGGGGCUGCCAAAUCUGCUAGCAAACUUUUUCCUGAGAUAAUUGCUAGUAUAUUAUCCGAUUCAUUAAGAAGGGAGAGAGUUUUGUCUCUCUGUGAUGCUUCGGAUAUUCUUCGAGAUGCAUUUUCUCAAACAGAAGCUCACAUGAAUCACUAUUACGAGGGAUGUACAGCGACAGUGCUUCUGGUGUGGACUGAUGGUAAUGAUAAUUUCUUUGCACAAUGUGCUAAUGUUGGGGACUCCACCUGUAUUAUGAGUUUGAACGGCAAGCAAAUCAAGAUGACGGAAGAUCAUAAGAUAGCGAAUUAUUCUGAAAGACUCAGAAUCGAAGAGACAGGUGAACCAUUAAAAGAAGGGGAAACACGUCUAUAUGGUAUAAAUCUGGCAAGAAUGCUUGGGGACAAAUUCCUGAAACAGCAGGAUUCCCGGUUCAGCUCAGAACCGUACAUAAGUGAAGUUGUGCACAUUGAUCAAGCAAGCAAGGCUUUUGCUAUUUUAGCUAGUGAUGGACUGUGGGAUGUCAUCAGCGUGAAGAAGGCAAUUCAGCUUGUGUUGCAGAUGAGGGAGCGAUGCUAUUCAGAGAGAGAGAAUACAGCAGAAAAGAUUGCAAGUUUGUUGUUGAAUGAGGCUAAAACACUCAGAACAAAGGAUAACACCUCUGUAAUUUUCUUAGAUUUUGAUACCUUCAACAAAUUCUCAUGUAAAGUUGAAUCCUAG